AUGGCACAAAAUGAAGAAAUGAGACCAGAUACAGGGUCUAUACAGAAUAGAUCCAACAAUACUUCGUUAGAUGCAGGCGAUUCGAUCCCAAUGUACAAUAAAGGCUCGAGUUCCUCGCGCUCCAAUUCUGAAUUGACUCUUGAUGUUUCACAGUUCAAAGAUCACAGAUGGAAACUUCGGUCAAGACAUUGCUGCUGGGGACUUGAGGGCAGGAAUCUUCGGAUGGCAAUAACAUUUGUGUCGGUGGUUGGGUUUUCGUUGUUUGGAUACGACCAGGGUCUUAUGAGUGGAAUAAUCACCGCUUCACAGUUUGAGGAGACAUUCACGGCAGUUAAAGGUACAGACAGGCAUGCAACUGUCAUCCAGGGAGCAGUUACAUCUUGCUAUGAACUUGGAUGCUUCUUUGGGGCGCUAACCUCGUUAUGGAUAGGGGAAAAAUACGGCAGAAGACCAAUGGUGAUAACAGGCGCCUCGGUACUGAUUGUGGGGACGAUUAUCUCGAUCUUUCCGUUCAGAAACCACUGGGCUUUAGGCCACUUUGUGAUCAGCCGGGUGGUUACGGGUGUGGGGAACGGAUUCAACACUGCAACGAUCCCAAUAUACCAGUCCGAGUUGAGCAAACCCGAGACUAGAGGUCGAUUGGUCAACCUUGAAGGUUCGGUUAUUGCAGUUGGUACCUUUAUUGCCUACUGGGUAGAUUUUGGUCUCUCUUAUGCCAGUGGGUCUGUUGCCUGGAGGCUUCCAAUCGCAUUGCAGAUCCUCUUUGCACUAGUGUUGCUUGUUGGAAUGAUCGGGUUGCCGGAAUCUCCAAGGUGGUUGAUCUCCAAGGGCAAGAUUAACGAGGCAGCGUACGUGCUUUCGAGAAAUGAAGGCAUUGACUACAACUGCGACGACAUUGUGGCCGAAAUCACGGCCAUUCGAGAUGCAGUCAACAGGUUCGACAACAGACAGCUCAGCUUUAACGAGAUAUGGAACAGCGGAAAGCACCAGUACUUCAAGCGUAUGGUGGUUGGUGCAUCAGGCCAGUUUUUCCAGCAGUUCACAGGUUGUAAUGCUGCCAUAUACUACUCUACAGUGUUGUUUCAAAACACAAUUGGCUUGAGCCGGCGAAUGUCACUAGUUUUGGGCGGUGUUUUUGCAACCGUCUAUGCUCUUUUCACCAUUCCGUCCUUUUUCAUGAUUGACCGGUUUGGCAGAAGACCACUUUUCUUCACUGGUGCCAUAGGACAAGGUGUAGCAUUUGUUAUUUCGUUUGCUUGCUUGAUUCCAGACACAAAGGCCUCUGCCAAGGGUGCUUCCUUUGGAUUAUUCUUGUUUAUCGCAUUCUUUGCCUUCACAAUUCUCCCCCUACCCUGGGUCUACCCCCCAGAAAUCAACUCUCUUAGAAUGCGGACUUUUGCAACCUCCGUUUCCACCUGCACAAACUGGAUUUGCAACUUUGCAGUUGUCAUGUUCACCCCCAUCUUCAUCAACCAGACUCGCUGGGGAUGCUAUCUCUUUUUUGCGCUUGUGAACUUUCUCUAUGUACCCAUCAUCUACUUCUUCUACCCGGAAACAGCAGGCAGAUCUUUAGAGGAAAUCGAUAUUAUCUACGCCAAAGCCUACACCGAGCACAAAUCCGUUGUUGGUGUUGCCAAGACCAUGCCAAGACUCACAUUUGCCGAGGUUGAAGAGGCAGGAAAAAGCUUGGGAAUUCAUGAUAUCGACUUCAAGGCGGAAACUGAGUUUGAGGAAAAUGUUGGUGAUGGAAAAUCUUUAGCUGGCAGAAGGACUGCGAGUCACAAAGAGAUUGUUUAG